AUGCCAACUCAAAUGCCCUGUAGAUUGCUGGAAAUGCUGAUCCAGGUGGUAUUUGACUCCAUGCACGAGAGGCUGCGUACACAUGCUGAAUCUGUUGCUUCCUUUGGAGGUGGUGCUCGAGAAAAAGCGAUGAUUGAGUCAAGAUUUAAUGAGCUUCUUGCUCAUGCUAAAAUACUUCUGAGGAAGAAAUGGUUAUUUGGAGUACUGGAUGACUUUGUCACCAAACAACUACCCCACAAUGUUACUUGGGGAUUGAGCUUGUUAUAUGCUAUGGAGCACAAAGUUGAUCGUUCAUUGACUUCCACUCAAGGUGAGCUUGCACAAGCAUUGCGGUUUUUGGCAUCAGUUGUAUCUCAAAGCUUCUUGGCCUUUGGUGACAUCUUGGAGCUGCAUAGAAAGUUCAUCGAACUGUCUAGUGGUGUUCAUUGGAUUUUUGAACUUGAGGAACUUCUUGAUGCUGCACAAUCUGAUGAAAAUGCCGGUACUUCAUCAAAGUCCAAUGAGGAAUCUGAGGAUGUUAUCUCUUUUUCGGAGGUUGAUAUUAUCACGCCAACACAGAAUUUAUUAGCCAGAAAGUUGACUUGCGAGAUAGUAUCAGGGAAAAGCCUUCUUCUUACCGGUGUCUAUGCUAUAUAAUGAUUGGUUUUCCACUUUUCAUGGUGGAAGUGGACAGAGGGUUUCUCUUUCACAGUUUGUAACAUCUUGUAUUCAACUGUAUGGAUUCGGGAACAUCCUUGCUUACUGGUCCAACUGUAUGUAUCUCACGUGAAG